CCGAAAAAUGGCAGCAGCGCCUCCGGAUGAGGCUACCCUCCAGUCUCGCAUCAGGAAGAGAUUGUUUGAGAAUCAAGACAGCGAAUGUCAUCAAAUUGAAAAGUGCAGUUGUCGAUCAGGAACAAACUCCCAUCGUCACCGUUAACACCUUUGCUGUGAUGCGCUCGUAAUGUGUUUACUGUUGACAUCUAGAGAUGAGGCCACCAACCCUUUGAAUAAGGAGACUGACUGGGACAAUAUCAAGGGAUUUUGUGAUCAGCUGAACAAUGAACCAGAAGGUCCCCAGCUUGCAACCAGACUUCUGGCCCAUAAAAUCCAGUCUCCUCAAGAAUGGGAGGCUAUGCAAGCGCUUAUGGUUCUGGAGACGUGCAUGAAGAACUGUGGAAAGAGAUUUCACAGUGAGGUGGGAAAGUUUCGCUUUCUCAAUGAGCUCAUCAAAGUGGUGUCACCUAAGUAUUUGGGUGCCCGGGCUCCAGAGACAGUGAAGAAGAAGGUGUUAGAAAUUGUGUACAGCUGGACAGUGAGGAUGCCGGAUGAGACCAAGAUAGCAGACGCCUAUCGGAUGCUGAAAAAACAGGGCAUUGUCAAGCUGGAUCCUGAGCUUCCUGAUGACAAGGCCCUCCCUCCCCCUCCACCGAGAGCUAACAAUAUCAUCUUUGAGGAUGAGGAGAAAUCCAAGAUGCUGUCUCGCUUAUUGAAUAGCACUCACCAAGAAGAUCUAAGGGCAGCAAACAAGCUCAUUAAGGAAAUGGUCCAGGAGGACCAAAAGCGUGUAGAGAAGGUAUCAAAGCGAUUGAACGCCAUCCAGGAGGUGAAGGAGAGUGUCAGCCUGCUGAGCCAGUUGCUGGAGGGUUACAGCAAGGAGAGUUGCUCCCAGAGCAACCAGGGUCUCAUUAAGGAUCUUUACCAGCGCUGUGAGAAAAUGAGACCUACACUCUUCCGAUUAGCAAGUGAUACAGAGGAUAGUGACGAUGCUUUAGCCGAUAUCCUACAGGCCAAUGACAACCUGACUCAGGUAAUCAACCUGUACAGGCAGCUGGUUAAGGGAGAGGACGUGUCAAAGGAUGGCAUAACUUUGCCCUCACAACCAGGCAGCAGUAGCUCAGCACUGGUCGACUUGAUGGGACUUAACGCAUCAGCCAACACGACACCUUCCAACCCAGAGCCCUCCAGCCUCCAGACCCUGACUCAGAACAUGGGCAUCAGCCUCUUGGAUGAUGAGCUCAUGUCACUAGGACUGAAUGUAACGGAAAACGUCGACUCUCAGAACAAUUUUCAGUCCUCUGAUGGCACAGAAUCGUUUGCUGCAUGCGUUCCUGCUGCAGUGCUGCAACCAGCUGUGGUCCAAACCCCACAAGCUGCACCAGCAGGGGGGCCCACUGCACCUCCUAAACCCAUGGAAGAGCUUGACAUGUUGGGGAAGACGUUGUUACAACAAUCCUUACCCCCACAGAGCCAGCAGGUCAAAUGGGAUAAGCUCCAACCUCGAUCCAGAGUCUCCUUACGAGAUAUGCAGACCAAGUCCAACGCCAGCUGUAGACCCGCUCCGAAUGGAACCACCACCUCGGCUGGUCCCGCUCCUGCUCCAGGGUCCACAUUGGCUCUCCAGUCAGAGCAGCCUGACGUUCUCCUCCUCUCCAAUCUGAGUCUUGCAGCGGCUGAGAAAGGCUCAUUAGCUGCUACUGACCCCUAUGAAAACAUCUCUCUCUCUGACAUUACGGUGCCUCUGGAAGCAAUCAAACCCAGCAGUUAUUUACCAGUGACUGUAUUCGACAAACAUAGUCUCCGUGUUUUGUUCACCUUUGCCCGUGACUGUCCUCCAUCACGGUCUGACGUGCUGGUGGUGAUCAUCUCCAUGCUGUCCUCGGCCCCCAUUCCUGUUACCAACAUCCGCUUUCAGGCAGCAGUACCAAAGGUGAUGAAAGUAAAGCUGCAGCCUCCCUCUAGCACCGAGCUCUCAGCCUUUAAUCCCAUCCUGCCUCCAUCCGCCAUCACACAGAUCCUGCUAUUGGCUAACCCUCACAAGGAGAAAGUACGUUUGCGGUACAAGCUGACAUUUAACCUGGGGGACAAAUGUCAUGAUGAAUCUGGUGAUGUGGACCAGUUCCCGCCUCCAAACACCUGGGGGAACCUGUAGGGAGAAAAACCAGCCUCCUGUCAUCUGAGUCUCUGCUUUCUUUAGAUUUAGGUUGAAGUUGUCCCUCAUCACUGGCUUGAGAUGAGAUCUCCUCUUUACACUCCAGUGGCUUCAAACUCUGGUUUGGUAAUACAAACUAAACCAAGACCAGUUGUGGGAACCAGCUUCUACCUUGUGCCUUCCUUCGCGCCUUCCUGUCCCUUUUCAAUCAUCUCUGCGUUCCUGUGUUUCGUAGUGUAGAAUUUCUUUCUUCUUCCAACAAUCAUUCCGAUGCAAAAUUGUCCAACAUUAAUUCAAUGCAGUGAAUUUUUGGGGAAAUAAGUAGAGCCUUUUAAAAAACCUUAAUGUGUGCUUUUUUUUCUGAUAAAUGCACGGUUUAACAAUCCUGUCCGAUGUCUCCAGUCAUGGGAAUGACAUGUAACAGCUGGUGUCUCACUUUAAUUCUCAACUGUAAAGCAAGUGUCUUACUUUGGACCGCAUCAGUGCAGAUGUCCCCAUUUGGAGUAUUGUCACAGUUUGUGUGUUCAGAGUAGGGUUGAAACCAAUCAUUAUCUUCUCUCAGUACGUCAAUAAUACUUUUCAGUUCAAAUGAGUCAGUCACAUGCUUAAAGUGAUGUUUACAGUCUGACUCGCAGCCAAAACACUUGAUGUAUUCAACCUAUGAUAUGGAAUAGUUGGUAUUUUUACCUGAAAAAUAACUUCUUUUUUUUCAGAAUUGUAAUUAAUUUCUCAUCAAAUGAUGAAUUCAUUCAUUGUGUCAGCACUACAUCAGUGUUCAAGGAAUAGCAGCCAGUCAGUGGAUUUAAGUCGGAUGCUGUCUUGCCAAACCUUUUGCCAAAAACUUGAGUUGCAUAAGGAAAUGAUGAAAUUAAAUUAACACUAGUUUAACUUAGUUUGUUCCCCUUGUAAUCAAUGGAGACAGUAUAUCUUGGUAGCAUACAUAAUGAAUUGGUACAUAGUUUUUAAGUAUUUCUUUGGUUUUAAUAUUUGUUGUGUGAGACAAACGGCCUGUACUACAGCAGACUUGUCAUAGGCAAAGCACAGGUGUUUAAUAAGUUGUCAAAAUGUCUUCUGUGAAGAAGGACUACGAGAGAAGGGUACUAAACAUUUGCCCCUGUUAAAAUACUGAAAUUUAGCUUUUCAUUUUUUGCACUUUUCUUCAUUUUUGAAAGAUUGGGACACUUUUUUUGUUAUGUUUCACUCAGGAUUUUCCUUUUUGAGAGUUAUUUUACACAUAAUGAACUAUCAUGCACUUAUUUAGUUUUUAUUUUGCACAUGAAUCCGUUCCAUAUUACAAUACAUUGUCUUUUCUCA